CAUAAUACAGUAAUAUAUACAACGAGUUGCCUGUUUGUUAUUUCGUUUACAUAUAACCAGAGGUUUAAAAGGAUAGCGCCUAAACUAAACAGUUGCGUGCUUGGCGAAGUCAUAUGUACUGGGCUGUAUACGUUUAGGAUAUGAGUAAUCACUAGGUUAUUUGCAUUAGCUGGCAACCAACAUUUUCUUUAUUUUUGUUAUAGUUUGGUCUUUAAACAUUUCCUGAUUACCUGGUUCACGUUAUUUAUUCUAAUGCCGGUUUACAAAGUGAAUAUAAAGUGGCAGAAGAAUAAGUACUCAAAUGUGGAAUGUAACACCGAUGAGUGUCCCGAGUUAUUCAAGGCGUUACUUUUCUCGCUUACUGGUGUUCCUCCCGACCGUCAGAAAAUUAUGAUGCCUGGGGGAAUAUUAGGCGAUAAAAACUACAAUGGCAUUAAACUAAAGGAUGGAAUUAACGUCAUGCUUGUUGGGUCUGUUGACGAAGUACCGAUUUCCGAAACCCCUUGUUUGGAUGAUUCAAAAGUUGCUCAUUACACAGAAGACACUAUAAAACUACCGCCUGGCCUCGUUAAUCUUGGCAACACUUGUUAUAUGAAUGCAGCUGUGCAAUUGCUUUUCUCGAUCCCAGAAUUGCGUUUAGCUUUGCAGGUUUUUAAAAAUAUUUGCCCAAGCUGUGGGAGCUCGACGAAAUAUCCCAAGACAAUUUUUCGAGAACAAGUUAGAUGUAACUCCUGUCCUUCCGGCCAGUUUGUUCAAAGCAAGUACCUAUUAUUCGGUUCGUUUGUAAUGACAUGAUAAUAAUAAUAAUGAAGAGACAAAUUCAUUUUGAAUUAUGUAUUGGAUAUAAUAUUCAUCAGGAGUAAGCAUUUCGUGUAAUUUUGCUUUCACAUUUACUUUACACUAGAUAGACCUUCACAACUGCACUAGACAGAUGUGCUUUCAAAGCUACUCAUACGAUGAUUGCUGGGAUUUUUUUGUAUUAUAUUCAGAAACUUACUCUCAAGAUGCUGGUCUGUUAAAUAGUUACAUUUUCUUUUACAUGGUGUGGUUCACAUCCAGCUAAAUCAACCUUGACUUCAAAAAUCUUUUUGUCUGCUAUUUUAUGUAAUGUGGUUUUGUGCCCGUAAUUCAUAUCCUGUAAAUGUACCAUAUCUAUCCUAAACUUAUGACGUAUUGGUUCAAAUGCUAAUAUACGAAGCUAAUGAUAAUUUCAUGAAAAUUCUGUCAACCUUAGUAACUCGAAUUUCGCGACUUUAACGGGCCGUUGAUUUGAAUACGAUUAUGCAAUCAUCAGAAUGACUUUCAGUUCAUUACUUGGGGUAUAAGCAAACAUUUUUAUAGGUUUGGGAAUCUCCUGGUUAGUUGUCAUCCUUUUGUGCAGUGAUAAAAAUAUUAAAGUAAUGUAAGAUUGUGCCGGACGAGGUCAGUCGAUGUAUAAAACCACUCACAUUGAAAUAAGUUGCAUACUAAUUGGAACAGUGAUUAUAUGUUCGAUUAACAACAUAUUUGGACGACUUCCAUUAAGCAAGUUUCGCCCUCCAACGGUAGGUUUGAGUCCUAAAAAUACCAUGAAGUUAUUGCACAAAUUAACUAACUACUGGUUUCCUCAGUGGGUAGGAGUGAAGUAGCUGAGCGUGUCGACCGCUUCACUUAUCUUGGAAGUCUCAUCAGCCCUUGUGGUCUGGUGUGUGACGAAAUCUCAGCACGGAUACAGAAGGCUCGACUAGCUUCUGCCAACUUGCGUCAUUUAUGGAGUAGGCAAGAUAUCCGUCUAUCAACCAAAGGACGUGUUUUUACUGCACAGCAGUUUGUUCCAUCCUACUUUAUCGCUGUGAAACAUGGCCGGUAAGAGUAGAGGAUAUUCGUAGGUUCCUAGUAUUCGAUCAUAGGUAUCUUCGAAACAUUGCUCGUAUAUCCUCGGACCAUCGAGUAAGUAACACAGUUGUUAGGAAACGGGUACUAGGUAAAGAUGGCAAAUCGAUUGAUGAAGUGGUGGAACUUUAUCAGUUAAAAUGGCUGGGACGUGUUUCGUAUGCCCAACGACCGACUGCCUCGACGUGCGAUGUUCAGUGGUAUAUGAGUAGGUUGGAAGAAAGCUAGGGGCGGCCAGACCAAAACAUGGCACAAGUCCAUGAAGUCACUGACAAGUGGACUGAGUCAUGUUGGUAGGUGUAGACUACCUGAUUGGGGACCGCGAGAUGAUAGCAACCGAUGGUUAGAGACUCUGAAUGACAUGGCUCAAAAUCGUUUGCAAUGGUGCAGGUGCAUCCACUCUUUAUGUUCUCCCAAAUUUUGAUCUCCUUAUUCCUCCUUGUCUCUUGUUUUCUCUUCCCAAAUUUAAUUCACUGUAUUAUACUCUUUAAAUAACAUCUCCAAACCCUAAUCUUCCCGAUUACUGCUUAUACUCUUAUUACCUCUACCACUACGGGAUUUGAAUCGACAAGUGCAUCUCUAUGCUAAUGUGGUGUGGCAACUCUAACUGAUGUACGUACGUACGAAGUUCUACGUUGUUACUGACUGAGUGAGUAGGAACGUGGUAUUUUUGGCCAAGGUUCUUAUUUGUCUUAUGCUUUUAAAAUGAUAUGCCAUUUGUUUUCGAAGUUUUCAUUGCUGUUAUGAUCAAUUAACCAAGAAGCAGUUGAGUUAAAUUCUUAUGAUGACUCAGCUGACUGAUGCAUAGCUUUAGUAUUUUUAAACUGUACUAUUAUUAAGUUUGCUCUUAGUCCUUAAUAGCUGUAUAAAUAAAAGAAGUCUGGUAAUCUUAAUAACAGUGAAAACAUUGUGUGUAUGAAACUUUUUUUCCUUCACACAGAUGCCGUUUUCCCCAAACUUCACUGAAUUCGCCGAAUCUUGAUUCCCUAUGCGAAAGCUUGAAGUUUUUGUUCAAUUCCCUAAGCAAAACUGAAAAACCGGUUACUCCUCUGCUCUUCUUGACUUGUUUGCACAGUGUUUGUCCGCAGUUCGCCUCACGUGCAUCGUCUUCUGAUGCAAGUAAAUCCGCUCCAGGUGCUCUAUCUAUGAUUACUCAUGGCUUCGAACAACAAGAUGCUAGUGAAUGUUGGACAGAGCUAAUCAGAGCAUUACAAAGUAGCAAGAUUGAUCCUCAAGUUUAUGCGUCAACAGUGGUAACUUUUCUAUGUUGUUCAUAUUUCAUUAUUUUUGAAUAUUUCGCUGCUGGUUUAUAAUCUUAUAAUAACCAUACAUUAAGACAACUUAAUAACGGCGCGACAAGGGGUUUUCAUUAUUCGUUACCAAGCACAAACUUAAUUAUAUUGUAUCUGCUGCAGUUUGAAAAUGUAUAGGGUUCAUUGUAAAAGCAGUGAAAAGCUGUAUGGGUUAGAAUAAAGUAUUUUCAAAAGUCAUCAAAUCAAUACCUUACGGGGACUGACUUCACAAAUCGUGCCCUUUACAACUAUAAAUGUUCCUAUAGAUGAUAUUCUAUGAUAACCUCAGGUUCACAAAAUAUUCACACCUCUUUCUAUGUUUAAAAUUUAGAAUUUGCCUCAAAGUUUUCGUACAACAUCCCAAUGGAAUCCUGUAGAAAGAUUUCUUACUGGUCAGUUAUCUUGCAAACUUACAUGUACUGAAUCAGAUGAACCCGAGACAGAUAGUCUAGAGACGUUUACUCAACUUUCUUGCUUCAUGCAUCAAGAUGUAAAAUAUUUGCUCACUGGUAUUCGAAAUGGAUUAACGGGAAAUCUAACUAAGCAUUCAUCUUUGCUGGAUCGAAAUGCAGUUUAUAAACGUCUAUCUCUUAUUAGUCGGCUUCCAGCUUACUUAUGUAUUCAUUUUGUUCGCUUCUUCUACAAGGAAGAUAAACAGAUUAAUGCUAAGGUACGUCAGUAAGUGUAUUGUAAUAAUGGCUAUAAAUGUCCGGUUUAUGUAUAAAUUACAACUUUAAUGGAAAACGAAUAAUUACUGUUGCCAGUCCGAAAUGUUCCUGCUUGGAGAUAACUAACAGUCAUGUUCGUAGAAAAUACUCGGAGAUCCUCUCUAAAUUAUCCCGUUGUAUUAGCUGCAAAUUCUGAUUAUUGUUACGUAUAUUUCAGCUUUGUGGUUCGUCAAUUUAAACUAACUACAUUUUUUAUAAUAAAAGUUGUUGAUCUCAAAAGACAGUUUUCGUAUAAAAUUGACGCUUAUGAAAAUCCUUGUGAUGCAAAGUAAAAGGUCUGAGGAGCGUCGUUGGUACAUUUUUACUAAAAGAUGUAUCUCGUAGUUCCAAAUGAUCAAUCUUUAUUCUGAAGGUCGUAAAGCUUUUAAAAAAUUCGUGAUACUAUUAUGCGUAUUAUUUUAUAGAUUUUAAAGGAUGUGAAAUUUCCACUAACAUUGGAUAUGCACGAAUUUUGUACGCCUGAGUUGCAGCAGAAAUUACUACCCAUGCGUGAAAAACAGCGCCUCAAAGAAGAUGAAGUGGUUAAUCCCUCAAGUCAAACAAAUACUUUCAAAAGUAAACCAGAUUCUGUACGACCUGAUCCAUUCCAAAAUCCUGACUUGUACGAACCUAACUUUUUCGCUGAUGAUCCCGGUUCGAAUAACUCUGGGUACUACGAUCUUCAAGGUGUUUUGAGCCACCAAGGUAGGACAAGUACCAGUGGGCAUUAUGUUGCUUGGGUGAAAAAACAAGGAAUGUGGUUUAAAUUUGAUGACGAUCGUGUCAGCCAAGUGACCUCAGAAGAUAUUUUGCGCUUAUCUGGAGGGGGUGAUUGGCAUUGUGCAUAUAUUCUGUUAUAUGGGCCUCAUUUCAUAGAGAAGAAUGCAUGUAAGGAUCCUUCUGGGAGUACCGUAUGAAGUUCAUAAAUGCACAGCCUAGAAAAAUUGACAAUUUCUGUUGAAUAAACCCGUUUUUUAAACCUGAAAUUUUUAUAGAACGCCGUUCGUUAUGAACGUUUGUCAUUAUUUUCUUUUCAUGAAAUUGUGAUAAUUUGUCUUAUAAAAUCGCCGUGUUUGCUAGUUGUUAAUGUUUUUCAGCUCUUAUAACCAUCCAGACUUCUGAGCGACUCAUUUAACUGCGAAAUUGCUUUUCUUGAUUCAGCAUUGUUUGUGUGGUCAGAAAUUUGGCAAAUAAAAUAUGCUGUUGGGC